AUGGUUUCGGGGUGGGAAAAAGGUGUUAUUGGUGGUCUGAUUCGGAAUAGCAGAGGACUAUUGCUACAGUGGUUCUCUGAAUCAGUAGGGGGUGGUCCUUCUAUCUUGGCAGAGUUGUUGGCAAUUAAAAGAGGGAUUUUUCUUAUGGAGGAGUUGGAUUUGGUCCCAAAUCAGAGAUUUAUCGUGGAAUCAGACUCAUCUACCGCUCUGAAGUGGAUCCAGAAUCCGGGUUUAAGCCCCCAUUUGCAUCUAUCCUUGGUGAAUGAUAUAGUUUCGCUUUUGACUGGAAAAGAUAUUAUAUUUAGGCAUAUUUUGAGGGCGGCAAACUGGGAAGCUGACAAACUAGUUAAAGAUGGGAUAGGGUGA